AUGUCUGCUGAGCAGGAAGCGGGCGCUGCUCCCAGUGAGCACUUGAACAUCAAGGUCACCGACAACAACAAUGAGGUCUUCUUCAAGAUCAAGCGCUCAACACAGCUCAAGAAGCUUAUGGAUGCCUUCUGCGACCGUCAAGGAAAGCAAAUCUCCACUGUUCGCUUCUUGUUCGACGGUACUCGAGUGCGCCCAGAAGAUACUCCGGACACGCUUGACAUGGCCGACGGUGAUACUCUCGAGGUGCACCAGGAACAAAUUGGUGGCGGUGACUUCUGA